CUAGACCCGCCGUACAUGAUUCCAUCCACACCAGAUUGGGUGCAGGGAGCCAAGGCGUAUCAGCGACGAGAUGUGAGAUGCAAGGCAGUCAUUCCUUCUUUUUAAGAGAAUGCGAGAAGUGUGUGAGUUUGCUCGGCCCAUGGUUGUUGCAUCCGUGUACAUAUAUCGUGAAGGGUUUCCCUUCCGCUGGUACGACAACGAGAUCUCAUCUAGAUUACCCCCAUUGCCGACACAAACAUCGGGAGCAUCCAUCGGAAGGCCACUGCACGGAAACGACUCACUUCCUUUGAUCCUCCUUUGCUUCUUAACUUCUUCAUCUUACUUUUCUCUUAUUUUUCCGAUCGCACAAUCCAUCGUCCAUCGACUAAUCCAACCUCCAAACCGCCAUCAUGUCUUCCGACACACAGCUUCCGCAUAACGUCAUCGUCUUCGGCCCUGAUGGCAACUGUACGCUCGACCUUUGUCCCCUCGAAUGGAGCGUCUACAAGUAUCAGCCCAGCCUGGCCGCAAACAUCACCUUCAUCAUCCUCUACGCCAUCGCCAUGGGCGUCCACAUCUUCCUCGGCUUCCGCUGGCGGGCGUGGUGGUACAUGACCUUUAUGAUGCUCGGUUGCAUCGUUGAGAUUAUCGGAUACAUUGGACGCAUCAUCAUGCACUACAAUCCCUUCUCGUUCCCGGGCUUCAUGAUACAGAUCGUCUUCGUCACAAGCGGCCCCGUCUUCUACACUGCCGCCAUCUACGUAACACUGGCCAAGACCAUCCAAUACUUGGCUCCCGAAGUUUCCCGUAUCAAGCCCAAGCUCAUCUGGUGGAUCUUUAUCCCCGCGGACUUGGUCUGCCUGACACUCCAAGCCGCUGGUGGUGCUUUGUCCACCGUGAGCCAAGGCUCCAGCCAGACCGGUGUCGAUAUCGCCAUGGCUGGCCUCGCCCUCCAGGUGGCCGUGCUCGUCCUAUUCUGUGUCCUCAUGGGCGACUACAUGUUCCGAUACGUCCGCUCUAAGCCCGCCAACCCCCUCAGCCGGCGUAUGCGAAUCUUCUUCGGCUUCUUGAGUGCCGCCGUCAUUAUGAUUCUCGGCCGGUGCGCUUACCGAUGCUACGAGCUGAGCGAGGGAUACCAAAACUCGACUGUCAUCACCGAUGAAGGUCUCUUUAUUGGUCUAGAGGGAGUUCUCAUUGUCAUCGCCGUCUUCUGCCUUUGCAUUGGGCACCCCGGCUUCGUCUUCAACGAGAAGGCCAUGCGCCUGAACUCACGCCAGACUUCCGAUGAAGAUACCACAUUUGAGACCAAGUGAUUUGAUUCGUACGAUAAAAGUUGGAUACUUUAUGUUACUAUGCUCGCAUAGGACUGCGCACUGGACUUAAUUUUGUACGGAAACUUCAAAUUUGAAGCUACGAUCUGUCUUGAUAAGCUAUGUACCAUAGGCGAGCGAAUACCCUUUUAUUUAUGUGACAGCAUCAAAACCCACGGC